UGUGAAGAAGCUGCUGGCAGACGCUCUCAAUAAGAACCAGUACCUGAGACGUCUGGAGCUGCAGCAGGUCAAAGACAUGGUGGAGUGCAUGUACGAGCGCACCUACCAGCAGGGGGAGUACGUCAUCCAGCAGGGCGAGCCGGGGAACCACCUGUUUGUCCUCGCAGACGGGAAGCUGGACGUGUUUCAACACAACAAACUGCUCACGUCGAUAACAGUGUGGACCACGUUUGGAGAGUUAGCCAUCCUGUACAACUGCACGAGGACCGCCUCUGUUAGAGCGGUGAACAAAGUGAGGACGUGGGCUCUGGACCGCGAGGUGUUUCAGAACAUCAUGAGGAGGACGGCCGAGACGCGACACGAGCAGUACCGCAACUUCCUGCGAAGGUUAGCACCGAGCGCCAAACUGCAGCCACCCGAUAC